AUGACGUUGAACAAGAGCAAAUCGGAUAAUCUUGGUGCGCACUCCCUUGCAGGAUUCCUGGAAGGCUUCACCGCCAACAAGUUCUGCAGAUUCUGCAUGGCAAGCAGCAGCGACCUUCAACAGCAGGAGAUGGCUGAACCACAGAAAUUAACCAUGCGGGUUAUUGUUACUGAGGGAGAUAUACGAAAGAUGACGAUGACCCCAAAGCCAGAUACACUUGAACAGUUGAUUCGCUGGUUGAAAGAUGCUCUUCCAGCAAGUUACAACUUCGCCUUACAAUACCAAGAUCCCGAAUUUAACAAUGAAUUGUGUAACUUAACAGAUGUCUCUGAGCUCCCACACAAGCCAACGAUCAAAAUCAUCCCUGUGAUUGACCUAGUACCUGUCCCAGACCAGUCAGAAUUAUGGAGUGACACUACCAGCCAGGCAGACACAGAGAUACUGCCCAUCAUCAUCUCUCCGACGAGAAGUUCUCAGUGGCCAGAGACGUUCGAAAUCCCUAAAUUUUCAGUGGAUGUGGAGUAUAGACUCCGGCAAGGUAACUUACUACAUUUGAAGGAUGGAUCCCAUCUCAAAGUAACAAAAGAACUGAAACACGAAAUCCUCCAAACACUGGCUGAGACCAUAUACACAUUUAAAGCCUACCCACAAAAAGAGGAUUGUGCAGCUGUUGCCAAAUCCUUGGUGCAAACACAUCCAUGCCUACAAGAAAAGGGGUCAUCUGGCUGGGAAGGAUGGAAGAACAGCAUCUACUUUAAAAUAGGUAAUUACAGAACCAAACUGCGCAAGAUGGGUCGACUUGAUGUCAGUGUCAAUGGUGGAAAACGUGGAAGACAUACCCCAGAUGGUGACCAUCCCAGCAAAGACCUCAAGAGGCCAAAAAAAGGGGAACUGAAUUUCCUUCCUGAUUACCCAGAAGGCAUGGCAGGCCAUAACCUGGAAGGAGCUCGCCAGUUGCUGGUCCAGGAGAUGAUGAAAGCAAAACCGGAUGCAUUGCUUGUGAAGAAGGAGAUGGAUGUGACCUUUGCUCUUCGCAGACAGGAGGUGGUCAACGAAAAACCUGCCAUUAACCUGAUGUUACAGAGAUGGCCAGCUCUUUUCACAGAAAGUCAGGUGUACCAAGAGUUUGGCAGAGUGGUGGGGACAAAUCUCAGAGAAAGCUUCUUUGGUUCGCUGGACAGCUAUUCUGCAAGCCUGGUCGAGCUCUUCAGGAAGAAGAAAGGCCUCACUGGUCAGCUUUUGGCUGCGCUUUUACACCAAACAAAGACCUCUGAGCCAACAGACAUCCGAUGCCUAUGUCUUCGGGCACUGCCCAUCAUCUUGGGGGAUGAUCCUUCGGAGUUCUUCAAGACUUACUGUGCAAGUGAAGUGAAGUGA